UUUUGUAGUAAUUUUCAAUAUUUUGAUCUCUUAAUUAUUAUUAUUACUUUAUUACUUUAUUAUUUUUUUCAGGCACUUGGAAGGAGCGCAUCCCUAUCUCCCCCAGCUAGACUUCCACCAGUGGGUUUUGGUUCCAGGUCUGCUUCCAUUUCCCCAUCACCCAUUCCAUCAUCUCACGCAACCUACACCUCUCGUUCUACAGAGAGACAGGUAUUCUGGCUGGAAAAGGGCCGCAAGGCCCCGACUCCAUGGGAGGCAGCAUCCAGGCACCCUUUGGGUCUAGUAGAUGAAGCCUUUUCUUUCCGGGAUAUGCAGCACUCCAUUGCUUCCAGUCUGCGAAUGGCAGCCAACCGUAAGCUUCUGCCUGAACCUCCAGCAGAGUGGAAGGCUAAGGUUGCGUACGAGCCUCAACAGAAGAGCCAAGGCUGGGGAUCAAGUCAGUCACCUUUAGCUUACCUUUCACCAACUAAAAGCACAGUGUCGGCCCCUGCAGGUCCUGUGCCAUAUGUAUCGCAUCUGAGACAGUCUCAGCCGACUAGAUCAAUGACUGAGGCCAACUUUGGCUCUGGUGGAACACAGAGCAGAAGGCCUCUGGGACAGUUAGGCUAUAGGAACACAUAUAGCACCUGGAGACGAUAGUCAGGGCAAAUACAGAAUGUUUCAAGUUUUUAGGUAAAUGUACAGAGUUGUUGUGAAGGAAUCAUGUGGGAUCGAGUAAGUGUGCAGAAGUAGAUGAGCAAAGUGUUGAAAUGUUAAAAGAUUUGGAGAGGUCCUGAUGAUUUUUUGUGAUGUCUUUUAAAAGAUUUAGAAAAAUGUUUAAGAUAUGGUAGCAAUGUACAAAUCCAAAUGCUUUUAUUAAGGCACAGCAUUAUAUUUCAAAAAAGCUGAUUAAAAAACACUAAAACAGUAUCUUACUGCAAUACAUAAUUCUAUAAAUAAGUCAGCUAAACAGUUGCAGAAAAUAUUUUGUGAAACUUUAGGAAUCAUUUUUUUUCAUAAAUUACUUACAAAACAUUGUCCAAACCCCACUAAAAAUAUUAAAGAUAAUAACAGAAAAAACAUAUCCCACCUCAUCUAAUAACACAAACUAUUGUGCUUUUUGUUUCAAUCUCUAAAUCAUUUAGUUUGAAAGGGUCUGCCAAAGUGUAUAUUUGUAAACACUGUUAGUGGAGUCUUUACAGGACACCAAUCCAAUAUCACAAUUUAUGCAGAAAUCCAACGUAUUGUGAGGGGUUUACAAAAUGUUCUUGUAAAUAAUAAUUAGCUAUAUUUCAGUUAAAAAAAUCAUAUAAUAAACAUUGGUGGUAUAACUGCAUUUAUUGUAACCUGAAAUGAACUGACAGUAAACUGAAAUAAAAAAGGCUUAAGUUACACUGAGCAUUUCAAUAACGAUAUGGCUGAUGCAUGUGUUUAAACAGACAGUUCAAUGUUAUGUGUAAAAGCUACAGUUUAAGUUCUUUAUUACUGUGGUUUCUUGCUAAAAUCAUGAAAUGCUAUUGUACACUCAUAAAUUAGUGCAAUGCAUUGCUAAAGUGUUUAAAUCAUUCUUUUGUGACCCUAGAUGACAUUUAUAGGCUACAUGAGGUCUGGCACCGUUGCCUGCCACAGCAUGAAUGAUUCGCUUGAGAGCACAAUGCAGCCAGUUUGCUACCGCAGCCCUGUAGCAAUUUGCCUUCAUUUAUUUAUGAGUCUUGAACCACAGCAAAUUAUACAUUCUGUUUGUGUGCCCUUGCUGUUUAACCUUUGUACUAUGAUUGUUACAGUGCAGUGACUAUUGUGCCAAUACUGCAUGCUGUCCUAGUGUUUGGUGUGAAAGAUUAGUCAAUUAAACUGAAUUGUUUGCCUGAUUA